AAGAUCUCUUGUGCCUGAAAGACCCCAAAGGGAUACAAAAGGAAAAAUAAAACAUGAAGAUCUGUUUGCUGGCAAUCGUUGCCCUGGCAUCGUUUAUCUCGGGUAUUGCAGCCAGCCAGAGUCCCAGCUCCAGUCAGUACCACAUCCAGACGGACGAGGGGCCCGAGCGAUAUUUCCGCUUCCAGACGGACAACGGACAGUUCCGGAAGGAGAAGCGUCUGCAGGAUGGCACUGUCAUAGGCACUGAGGCAUGGAUCGAUGCAGCUGGGUAUCUGCGGCAGAAGGACUACAUAGCCGACAAACAGGGCUAUAGAAUCCUCAAGUCCAAGACCAUCUAUGUGGGCCAGGGACGUCCCAUUGAGGAAGCCAUCAAAUCCACAAAGGCAGCGCCUGCGCAAUCGGGCAUACUGGUAGAUGGAGGAUCUGCGGGCUCUGGCUCCAGAAACUCCUUUGGCGGCUAUCAAAGGCCCGCCUUUUCACACGUUAGCUCUACCACCUCGACCACCACUCCAGCUCCAACUCCUGCACAGGACUUGCAGCUGGACUUGGAUUCGCUUGUGGACUCAGGCGUGGGCAAGCUCAACUAUCUGCCGCCAGAAGAGGCGGCCAAGAUCCAACCGCAGUCGCAGCUGGGCUUCGAUCACUAUCCGGACGAACUGCCUCGGGCACGGGACCAGCUGCUGUCCUCCGGUCAGCACUCGCCGAAUGCAGAGCCCGUGGAAAAUGGCCUCAACGCCAACAACUUGUACGAUGCGGAGGCGAAUCGAGACUUUGGCCAUGGACUAUUCGGAUCGGUGGUCAGCUCCACGACGCCCCAACCUCCGCUACUGUCGAUGCUGCCACCGCUGGGAUCUCCGCACCGACGCCGCCAGCGUCCGCGUCCCACUGCCAUCGGGAUUGUGGCGAGCACUCCCUCGCCCAUUGCUGCAGGGGAUUCCUAUGGAUUCUCUGCUCCAGCGCCAUUUGCUGCACCGCCCUCGGCUGCGCUGCCUUCUGUAGCCUCUGGCUAUCGUUAUGCGCCCUCAGCCACGCCCUCAACGAGUGGGUAUGGCUCAUACCCCUCAUCCUCCCACGGUGGUUAUGGAUACUACACGCCCAAUUCCCCGCUGGAGGUUAAUUCACUGGAGGCUGCACUGCUGCCACUGCUGCCACCGCUGCCAUCCCGAGCCUACCGCCGCCGCCUGCGUCCGGUGCAGAGCCACCACUUGGACGAUCUCAGUGCCGCGGGCUACGAUGGCGUGGGCGUCACCCGGAACGGUUUCCGCUAUGUCCUGCCGAAGCAGUACCACGAGGAGGAGACGAGCCCGGCGGAUGGGCAGCGGGCGGGAAGCUUCGGCUACGUGGAUCCCUUUGGCAUACGGCGCGUGGUCUACUACAAUGCGUCGCCGGGACGGGGCUUCGUCCACAGAAACAACAAUCAGUAUGUGGGUACGAAUGGAGCGCCCUACGAUGAGCCGGGUCCUGCGCAGCUGGUGAAUGAGUAGUGUUCCAAAUGCCCCCCACCCCACAGUAGUGUCCUUGCAGAUGGAGGCGCAUCUUCAGUUAAUCCACUCACCCCACUCACCGAAGCACUGCCUCCAAGGUGGAGCCUGUAUCCAAAGCACUGCCUAAUAGUGCAGCCUCUCUCAUAUGAAGCACCAAAACUAACCGUAGAACCUCAGAAUAACACUUAAGAUUAACCAUGUACAUAAUCCCCGCUUUUAGCCACAUUCUCUCUGUCUGUCUGUCUCUCUCUCUCUCCCCUCCCCAUAUCUAUCGCUAUCUCUUCCAGAAAACGACAUCUGUGUUAAUUCAUUUAAUGCUUAAUCACAUUUAAAUAUAACUUAAUUUAUAAACGAAAACUUUUUGUGCAAUUAGCGCCUAGGCUUAGUUAGGUAUGUUAGGGGUACUCACAGCCACGCCACCACAUCACUGCUCUGCUCUGCGCUGCUACAAUGGAAACCCAGUGCUGCAAAAUAUUGUCAAGUGUUGCUAAAUGCAACGUGAUGUAUGUAGUUGAGGAGGAGCAUUCGUUUCAUGUAUUAAUCUUGCCAUAUUAACGAAAAGUAAUUAAAAAACGCACACUUUCCCAUUCCUACACAUUUGUAUGUCCAAUUCUUAGCAUAUAAUACGAUACGAUUUAUGUAGAUCCGAUAAUGAUACACCGUUUCUUUGCCAAUAGCUGUUCAUUGAAUGUAAACUGAUUUGUUAAGCGAAUUAUAGCGAAUGUUUUUUUGUUUUUGUAUAUGAAUGAGCACCCGUUGCCAAGAAACCUAAAGCAAAGUACGACAGACAGUUCUUUUUAUAAUUAAUUAAGAACAUUUAUAAUAAUAAUAAAAUAAAUCAUUAU